UAUAUCUUACACAUUCGUGAACAACCAAAACAUUCAAGAAUGUGUGGUGUAGGCGAAAAAGCUGAUAGAAGACCGAUUGAUCCGGCUCCCAUCAUUCAAUUACGUAACAACAUCGUCAAUGCACAACCAUCUAAUCUCCCUCCAAAGCAAAACAUCAUACGAAGAGGCGUUGCCGUCAAGACGGAAUGGGGAGAAGGAUGGGAAGAUAAAGCAUGGUAUCUGGAGAAUCCGUAUUACUUCAUGUAUGCCAUGCUUGCUGAUGCGGAAACGGAUGAUGAGUUGCAUUUGUUGAGCGACGGAAAAACACGUUAUACGACCGGAAGUUGCGUUUCAUGCUUGUAUCAUUUGAAGGAUAUCGAUCAAAGCGAGCAAGGAUUCUUUGUUUUUCCCGAUUUGAGUAUUCGGGUUGAAGGUCGUUAUCGUUUGAAGUUGUGUUUGUUUGAAACAAUCGGUCAUGAAGUACACCAUUGCAAGUCGAUUUACUCAAAGCCGUUCAAUGUGUACACCGCAAAGAGAUUCCCUGGUAUGGAAGAGUCUACACAACUAUCCAGAUCCUUUGCUGAUCAAGGUUUGAAGGUUCGCGUACGAAAGAAU